UCUAUAUACGUACAAAAUAUAUGCCCCACCACUAAUCCCCACUACUAGUUAACACCUAACUUCCAGAACUCGAUCAUCCCCCACCAUUCAUAAUAAUAAUAAUAAUAAUAAUAAUAUUAAUAAUAUUAAUGACGAUUAAUUAUUAAGCACUAAUAUUCAGUCAUAGUUUUGUUUUAACAGUGUCAAGUUGUAAAUCUCGGUUUAACUUUAUCAGUAUUAAUAUGGCAGGGCCAAUAAGUGAAAUGAACCGUUUGUAUAAAUAUGUUGCACCUUCAUCGCCGUCCGAACUCAUCGAUUGUAGUAAUUUCACGAUUGACUUUGAAAAUCGCAAGUUUUUAAACAUCGGAUUCGAUCCAAAAGAUAAAUUUAAUAUUGUGCUGCGAAUUAUUACACCGGCACGGUAUGUUAAUAUUUCUCCAGACUUCUUGAAGCGUAUUUAUUCAUUCAUGGGUAAUAUUUUAUCCCACAUUCUCGAUCCUGCUGUGAAAUAUAAAAAAUUCACUUUUUUGGAAUGUGAAUCGGUUUUGAUCACAAGUAUGGUAUAUAAAGGAGAGCAUGUAUUAGUCGUAGAGUCUAAAGAAACAAGCGGAUGUAGAAUUUUAUUGAAUAGAAGAGAUCUUAUGACAAUUCAAGAUUUAGAGUGGAUGAUUUUUGAAACCGUAUCAAGAAAAAUCAAUAUCGUAAGACCUAAUAUUUUAAAUCAACUCGAACAAAUAUCCGAAUACUUUAAAACAGAUUUUAAUAUUGAUAAAUCCGCUACACUCGAUGAAGUUAUAUCAAUAAUCAGAGGAAUUCAUAUUGAAUUAAUCGCGAAACAUAUACAAAAGAACAAACAGAGUUUUUUAACCCAAAUAACAUUAUUCGCAACUGAACAGCUUGCAAUCAAUUGGAUGACAAAAUCGAGAAAUUCGUUAAAAGUAAGAAUAUAUUUUGAAAUUAUUAAUAAAAAUAUUUAACAUAUGCAUUAAAUUAGACAGUUGAUGCACC